AUGAUAUUUGUAAAGAAAUUUGGUCGAAAGAGAGACAGUAUUGAUGCAACGGGUUGGGAUGCAAAUAUGUUCACUAUAGUGGACCUUAAAUCCAACAGGGCCAUUUCCUAUGUUAGCACUCUGGGAUCUAAGUUCGGAUCGGGAAUGAACACAGAGGGACAGUAUCUGAACGACAUGAGCCAAUACGAUACGUCUAAUUCUCUGAGCGGCUUAUUUCCUGCUGUGGCCAAAGGCAAAACGAAGGUUGUUUGUUUACCCAGGAAACUAAAACAAAAGAAGUCAAAGGAAUUGGCAGGACGAGUUCAGCAGGAAAAAUAUGAUGUAGAGAAAAGCGAAAGUAACCGACGUCGAUUAAAAUUCGCCUAUGCUGCAGUAGGUGGCAGUUUGGCUUACACAAGGUCGUUACCACGAAUGGUGACUUCAUAUUUGCUAAACCUUUUUCAUGGAGUUAACCUGUCAUCAACUCUGGGGUGGCCAUUACUUUAUGAAAUGAAAGGUGCUGCCUAUAAAGAUGGAGUUCCAUUUGCGGCGAGUCAACGCUAUCCGCAGCUCACAAAAAUGUCAAGGAGCACUAUUCACUCAUUCCAAGUGGCAUAUGAAGUGGCUAUGACUGCCUUUAUUCCUAACAUUGUUUGUUUAUCACAAUUAAACGUAGAAGUUUGA